AUGAUGAGCUCAAAAGAUUCGGAAUUCCAAACAAUCAAUGAUUUGAUUGAUAUUGCUAAUGGAUUUACCAGAGCCAAAUCAUUGCACGUUGCCGCCGAGUUGGACAUUGCCUCACAUCUCAAGGAAGGUCGUAAGAGUGCCUUUGACAUUGCCAAGACCAUUGGUUGCAACGGCGAGUUCCUCUACCGUUUGAUGCGUGCCCUCACCACCAUGAGCAUUUUCCACGAAGAGGAAGAGUAUGGCUACUUUACUCAAACCGAACACUCAAAGCUCUUGCUCAACGAGAAUGUCCGUAACAUCAUCCUCUUAAAGUGCAACUUUGACCAUUACCGUGGAUGGGAGAACUUCCUCGACACUGUCAAGACUGGCAGCGCCCAACCAUACGCCUCUCUUGGCAUCCAAGGUGACUACUGGGACUACAUGAGAGAAAAGCCAGAAGAAGGUCUCCGUUUCCGUAAGGGUAUGUCUGGUUACACCAACUAUGUUAACCAACGUGUCGUAGCCACUGGUGAUUUCAAGGGUUUCGAUACUGUUUGUGAUAUUGGUGGUUCUCAAGGAGUUUUUAUUCAAGAAAUUCUUAGACAAAAUCCAACUAUCAAGACUGGUAUUAAUUUUGAUUUACCAUAUGUAUGUGAAAAGAACAAGUUAUUGGAACGUCAAAACAUUGACCCAAGAUUCAAAGAGGUAGAAGGAUCAUUCUUUGAGGCUGUCCCACCUGCCAACCUCUACACCAUCAAACGUGUCUUGCACGACUGGAAUGAUGAACACUCUAAAAAGAUUCUUACCUCGAUCCACAAGGCAAUGCUUCCAGGUGGCAAGGUAUACAUCUUUGAUGCUGUCCUCGAUACCAUCAACAAGAACUGCUACAACAUUGUUGCUUGGAUGGAUUUGUCCAUGAUGCAAUUGGUUUCAGGAAAAGAAAGAUCAGAACGUGAAUGGGAAGCCCUCGUCUCUUCGGUUGGUUUCAAGAUUGAAAAGGUUAUCAAGACUCAAGAUCCAAUGUUACCACCAAUCACCAUUAUUACCAAAAUUUAA